AUGACCUUGGCUAAAUUUAAUACUUUGCAAAGAGAAAAUAGGUUUAAGAAUCCACCCACGGACAAAAAUGAUAUAUAUCCAUUAUUAAGAGAUGCUGUUCAACCUCAUAUUGGUUCAUUUAAUGCUUUAACUGAUGAUAAUUUAUUAAAUUUGGGUGUUAAAGAUAUUGGUAAAAAAACUAUAUUUGAUAAUAAUGAAGGUAUAAUAACUGGUAAUAAACUAAAAGUAUGGGUUGAUUCUGUCUCAAUUGCAAAACCAUCUGUUUCUCCAAGUGAUAAAUUAAGUCUUAAUAGAAAAACAUUACCAUUUGAAGCAAGAGAAAGAAUGAUUACUUAUAGAUCAAGAUUAUUAUUAACUUUAAAAUGGACAAUAAAUGAUUCAGAUGAACAUACUGAAGUUAGAGAAGCUGGUCAAAUUCCAGUUAUGUUAAAAUCAAAUAGAUGUCAUUUAGAAAAAAUGUCACCACAACAAUUAAUAAAUGUAAAAGAAGAAUCUGAUGAAUUAGGUGGUUAUUUUAUUGUAAAUGGUAUUGAAAAAUUAAUUAGAAUGUUAAUUGUUCAAAGAAGAAACCAUCCAAUGGCUAUUAUCAGACCUUCUUUUGGUAAUAGAGGUGCAGCAUAUACUAAAUUUGGUAUUCAAAUUAGAUGUGUUAGACCUGAUCAAUCUUCUCAAACUAAUGUAUUACAUUAUUUAAAUGAUGGUAAUGUUACUUUUAGAUUUAGUUGGAGAAAAAAUGAAUAUUUAAUACCAGUAAUGAUGAUUUUUAAAGCUUUGAUAGAAACUAAUGAUCGUGAAAUUUUUGAUGGAAUAGUUGGUGAUGAAACAAAUAAUUCAUUUUUAACCGAUAGAUUGGAAUUAUUAUUAAGAAGUUAUAAGACUUAUCAAUUAAAUGGUCAACAAGAAACAUUGGCUUAUCUUGGUGAUAAGUUUAGAGUUGUAUUUGGUGCUACUCCCGACAUUACAGAUAUUGAAGUUGGUAAAGAAGUUUUACAGAGAAUUGUUCUUGUACAUUUAAAGAAUAAUAAAGAUAAAUUUAGAAUGUUAUUAUUUAUGAUUAGAAAAUUAUAUGCCCUUGUUGCUGGUGAUUGUUCUCCAGAUAAUCCAGAUGCAACUCAACAUCAAGAAAUUUUAUUACCUGGUUUUCUUUAUGGUAUGAUUAUAAAAGAAAAAAUUGAUGAAUAUUUACAAAAUAUAAGAUUACAAAUUACAUCAGAUAUAAAUAGAGGUAUUGGUGUUAAUUUUUAUGAUAAAAAAUAUAUGAAUAGAGUAUUAAUGAGAGUUAAUGAAAAUAUUGGUCAAAAAUUGCAAUAUUUUUUAUCAACUGGUAAUUUAGUAUCACAAAGUGGGUUAGAUUUACAACAAGUUUCUGGUUAUACUGUUGUUGCUGAAAAGAUUAAUUUUCAUAGAUUUAUUUCCCAUUUUAGAAUGGUUCAUAGAGGUUCAUUUUUUGCUGAAUUAAAAACUACAACUGUUCGUAAAUUAUUACCUGAAUCUUGGGGGUUUCUUUGUCCUGUUCAUACUCCCGAUGGUUCACCAUGUGGUUUAUUAAAUCAUUUAGCUCAUAAAUGUAAAAUAUCAACAAUUGCAUCAAAUGUAUCAACCGUUUCUGAAGUUUUAUCUAGAUUGGGGAUGUUACCAGCAGAUUCAUUUGCUGCUGGUCCAAAAUUAUGUUGUGUACAAUUGGAUGGGAAAAUAAUAGGUUGGACUAGUCAUAAACAGGGUAAAAUAUUUGCAGACACUCUAAGAUUUUGGAAAGUUGAAGGUAAAUAUAAUUUACCACUAGAUUUAGAAAUUGGUUAUGUUCCACCAUCUAACAAAGGUCAAUAUCCGGGAUUAUUUCUUUUUGGUGGCCAUUCAAGAAUGAUGAGACCUGUUAAAUAUUUGCCACUUGAUAAACAAGAUAUUGUUGGUCCUUUUGAACAAGUUUAUAUGGAUGUUGCAGUUACUCCAGAAGAAAUUGAAAAUAAUGUACAUUCACAUGUUGAAUUUUCUCCAACUAAUAUAUUAUCAAUCCUUGCUAAUCUUACACCAUUUUCAGAUUUUAAUCAAUCUCCCAGAAAUAUGUAUCAAUGUCAAAUGGGUAAACAAACUAUGGGUACUCCAGGUACUGCAUUAAUUCAUAGAUCAGAUAAUAAAUUAUAUAGAUUACAAACUGGUCAAACUCCAAUUGUAAAAGCAAAUUUAUAUGAUGAUUAUGGAAUGGAUAAUUUUCCAAAUGGUAUGAAUGCUAUUGUUGCUGUUAUUUCAUAUACUGGAUAUGAUAUGGAUGAUGCAAUGAUUAUAAAUAAAUCUGCAGAUGAACGUGGGUUUGGUUAUGGUACAGUUUAUAAAGUUGAAAAAAUUGAUUUAUCACAACUGAGAAGAAGAGGUGAUCCAAUUACACAACAUUUUGGUUUUGGAAAUGAUGAAUGGCCUGAAAUUUGGAAAACUAAAUUAGAUAAUGAUGGAUUACCUUUGAUUGGGGUUAAAGUUGAAGAAGGUGAUCCAAUAUUGGCAUAUUAUGAUGAUACAUUGGGUAAAACUAAAGUUAAAACAUAUCAUUCAUCAGAACCCGGUUAUAUUGAAGAAGUUAAAUUAUUAGGAGAUGAUUCAAUAGGUGAAGGUCAACAAUUAACAAUUAAAUAUAGAAUAACGAGACAACCUUUAAUUGGUGAUAAAUUUUCGUCAAGACAUGGUCAAAAAGGUGUUUGUUCAAGAAAAUGGCCACAAAUUGAUAUGCCAUUUACAGAAUCGGGAAUGCAACCAGAUGUUAUAAUUAAUCCACAUGCUUUCCCUUCAAGAAUGACAAUUGGUAUGUUUGUUGAAUCUUUGGCAGGUAAAGCAGGUGCAUUACAUGGUAUUGCACAAGAUUCAACACCAUGGAAAUUUAAUGAAUCAGAUACUCCAGCUGAUUAUUUUGGUGAACAAUUAUUAGCUGCUGGUUAUAAUUAUCAUGGAAAUGAACCAAUGUAUUCAGGUGCAACUGGUGAAGAAUUAAGAUGUGAUAUAUAUAUUGGAUGUGUUUAUUAUCAAAGAUUAAGACAUAUGGUUAAUGAUAAAUUUCAAGUUAGAUCUACUGGUCCUGUAAAUUCAUUAACUAUGCAACCUGUAAAAGGUAGAAAAAGAUCUGGUGGUAUAAGAGUUGGUGAAAUGGAAAGAGAUGCUUUAAUAGGUCAUGGUACUGCAUUUUUAUUACAAGACAGAUUGUUAAAUUGCUCAGAUUAUACUCAAACUCCAAUUUGUAAAAAUUGUGGAUCAAUACUAACUACACAAACAUCAGUUCCUAGAAUUGGAUCAAUGGCACUGAUAAGAUGUAGAAGAUGUGCCAUAAGUUUAUCUAAUUAUGAAGGAUAUGCUCAAGAUUCAGAAAUUUGGGAAGAUGGUCAUGGUAAAAAAUUUGUUGGUGGUGAUGAUACAACUACUGUUGCAAUUCCAUUUGUAUUGAAAUAUUUAGAUUCUGAAUUGAGUGCAAUGGGUAUAAAGAUGAAAUAUAAUGUGGAACCAUGA